UAAAGAAGAAGUCUCCGCCACCGCCGCGACGGGCGAUCGUCCGAUUGGAAUGCAGUGCCCCGUCUUUGACAUCGGGCCUUAAAAAAUCCCACCUGGGAGCGGCCGGUUACGCCAGGAACUCGGUAGCUGAACUGGAAGGCGGUGAGCCCGGCGACUCGGGAAAUGUCGACUCCGCCGGUGCUAGCCAUCGGCAUCGACCUGGGGACCACCUAUUCAUGCGUAGGUGUCUUCAGACAGGGCAAGGUGGAGAUCAUCGCCAAUGAGCAGGGCAAUCGAACUACUCCGAGCUACGUGGCCUUCACUGAGUUCGAGCGACUCAUCGGCGAGGCAGCAAAGAAUCAGGCGGCUCUCAAUCCUACCAACACUGUCUUCGACGCCAAGCGGUUAAUUGGAAGACGUUUCGAUGACCCAACCGUACAGAACGACAUGAAGCAUUGGCCAUUCAAAGUAGUCAGCGAUCACAACCGACCCAUGAUCGAGAUCAUUCACAAGAAAGACGUCAAGAAGUUCUACCCAGAAGAAAUUUCCUCCAUGGUUUUGGGCAAAAUGAAAGACAUAGCCGAAUCGUAUCUCGGCGGGAGAGUUUCCGAAGCUGUCGUCACGGUGCCUGCCUAUUUCAAUGACAGCCAGCGACAGGCGACAAAGGACGCAGGCAGCAUUGCUGGGCUUAAUGUGCUUCGUAUAAUCAAUGAACCUACAGCUGCAGCCAUUGCCUAUGGCCUGGAUAAGUCAGACGACACAGAGCGCAACGUUGUCAUCUUUGACCUUGGAGGAGGAACAUUUGACGUUUCGCUGCUCACCAUAGACAGGGGCAUUUUUGAAGUGAAGGCGACGUCUGGUGACACACACUUGGGAGGAGAGGAUUUUGACAGCCGCAUGGUGGUGUAUCUAGCGCAAGAGUUUCAGAGGAAGCACAAAAAGUCAAUGGAACAAGACAAGAAAGCGGUACGCAGGCUUCGAACUGCGUGUGAAAAGGCUAAACGCACGCUGUCUUCAUGCACGCAAGCUAGCAUUGAGAUCGACUCCCUGUUCGAGGGCAUCGAUUUCUACACAACCAUGACGCGAGCACGAUUCGAAGAACUGAAUUCUGAUCUCUUUCGCUCGACGAUGGACCCACUGGAAAAAUGCCUCAACGAUGCCCGCCUCACAAAGUCCGAUAUUCACGACAUAGUUCUAGUAGGUGGAUCUACUCGCAUACCCAAGAUACAAAAGCUUCUGCAAGAUUAUUUCAACGGCAAGGAGUUGAAUAAGUCUAUCAACCCAGACGAGGCGGUAGCCUAUGGAGCAGCGGUACAGGCAGCCAUUUUAACCAACAACAAGGCUCCUGAGGUACAAGACCUGCUGCUGCUCGACGUUACACCAUUGUCCCUGGGCAUCGAGACAGCGGGAGGUGUCAUGACAGCGCUCAUCAUGAGAAACACCACCGUUCCUACAAACAAGACGAGGAUAUUUACCACGUACACGGAUAAUCAACAGAGUGUGCUGAUUCAGGUUUACGAAGGCGAGCGUGCGUUAACGAAGGACAACAACCUCCUGGGCAAGUUCGCCCUGAAGGGUAUUCCGUCGGCUCCUCGUGGUGUUCCACAGAUCGAGGUGACCUUCGACAUUGAUGCUAACGGUAUCCUAAGUGUGUCCGCAGUGGAGAAGAGUGUGGGGAGAUCAAAGAAAAUCACCAUUACAAACGACAAGGGCCGUCUCACGAAGGAGCAGAUUGAAAAGAUGAUCAAGGACAGCGAACAGUACAAAGAUCAGGACUUAACGGAGCGGAACCGCAUUGCAGCGCGAAACUCGCUGGAGAGCUACGUCUUCCAUGUCCGCCAGAAGGUCACUGAAGAUCCCACUGUCAAAGCGGGCAUCAAGCCCGAGGAGGUUGAAAUGGUCACCAAAAAGACAGACGACAUCGAAAAUUGGCUGGACAUGAACACGAAAGCUUCGAAGGAAGACUUCGAAGCCCAAAAGAAGUCACUGGAAGAUAUAUGGGAGCCCAUAGCUGUUCGAAUCUACGCUGCUCAGCAAGGUGGAAGCAUAUCCUAGAGCAAUACAAAACGCGGCCUGUUACAAAAUAUGUUGCAUGAGAACACUGGACAAAGCACGGCGGAUAUGUACAACAUACGGACAUACAGCUAACCCGUCGAUAAGAAGCCGAGCCUGCAGUCUGGUGCUAGUAAACACAGCAUUGUUGAUUACGAAUAAAUGUUUCUUGCAUCCGC